ACGUGUGGGCGUUACCCUUGACUACCGGAAGUGCAGGUGCAUCGCGAAGCUAGCAGCAUAAACAUCUUUCCAAGUAUUAAUGUUUUAAACAUUCCCAGGCGUAACACGGGCCUGUAAAUUACAAUUUUGAUAGAGGAGCCCUCAUAUUUGUAAUUUUACUGUCGGGAAGUGUGGAAAUCCGUCGACAUGACUCUAAACCAGAACCAUUCGGAGUCCGGCGGAGUCAUUAUCAACAACAGUGAGAGCGUUUUAAUGAACUAUGACAACGUGGAGCUGGUUUUCAAUGAUGCUGACCGUUUACCUGAGGCCUUCAGGAAGAGCAAGAAGGGCAGUAUCUUUCUGACUCCAUAUAGGGUAAUCUUUGUUGCUAAAGACCGAGAUUCCCUCAGGUCCUUUAUGAUGCCUUUCUACUUGAUGAAGGGCUGUGAGGUCAAACAACCGGUACUAGGAGCAAACUACAUCAAGGGAAACAUCAACGCAGAACCUGGAGGCGGCUGGGAGGGGAGCGCUAUCUUUAAGCUUGUCUUUGCUGCUGGAGGAGCCAUAGAGUUUGGGCAAUACAUGCUGCAGGUUGCAGCUCAAGCUUCCAAAGGUCAGCCAGUAACUGCUGGGUUUGGUGGUUGUCCUUUCAUGGUGAACGGGGCGUAUGCUUACCCCCCUCCCCCUUCCCACGGGGCAUACCCAGUCGGACCCCCGCCUGACUAUGUCUACCCCAAUCAGCCUCCUUCAGAUGACCUCUACCCCAACUCAACUUUCAACGGCUCUGCAGCCUUCAUGCCUCCACCUCCGUAUUCAUCUACCCUGGGCCAGCAGCCCCCACAGGACCCUGGGCUCCCUUCUUCAGCUGCAGCUGAGGCUAAAGCGGCCGAAGCAGCAGCUAGCGCUAGCUGUGCCACGCUGCCAAAUCCACAUGUGUACCUGCCAGAGGACAAGCCUCCUCCUUACUCUCCUCGAGAAGACAAGAAGAAUCAGUAGACGGCUUGACUUGCAUCCUCCAUUUGAUUUUGUCCAAGAUCUUUCGCACUUUUCUUGUCUUCCCAGCAGGGGGCGCCGCUAGUGACGACAUGACUGUCAGCUGCCUCUCAUAAAACACUAGAACAUUAGUCUGUUGUUUUUGUUGUCGUUGAGUGAUAUUUUUCUUAGGGUUUUUUCUCUCCCUCAUAUCUCUGACAGCACCCCUGCUUCCAAGACCUACUCAUUGUUAGUCCGCUACAUAAAUUUACAUGACGACAGCUGAGGUUUGGAGUGAUUUAAUACCGCAUAGAUAUUUUUUUCCCCCUUUCUUUUACACGUCUUUCUUGAAAACUGUUCCUGUUAAUUCAGUUUCGCUGUGGCACUUUGUAUUACUAAAUAAUAACCGUAAGAAAAGACUAUGGUACAAAUUGCUUUGCUGAGACAAGCUAAAUUAUGUCAUUUAUUUUUCUACCAUUCAAUUGUACAUAUAUGGAAUAUACUGUAAUAUAAAGCUCCUCACUACAGAACAGUUUUCUUUUUUAUUUUGUAGAUCAAUGUAUCCCAUGUGUUCUGUCACUAUUAGAGAGUAACGUUGAUCCGCGAUUACGAGGGUAGAGGAGGCUCUGAUGGAUUAUAUUUAAAUGUUGGGAUUAUAGACUACUACAUGUUAAAUUUAACCAUUAGUGGGAAAAACUGCUUUAUGAUCUAGCUAUAAUAACAUCACCACACUGUAUAUGUUAUUAUAUGACUGUGCAAUGCUUUGGGCUCCUGCUUGCUCAGGCAUGGCUAAAUGUGCAAUGAUGCUUCAUAAUAUUUCAUCUUAUUUAUGAAAAAUAACUCAAGAAUAAAGCAUUAUGAAGGCUGAAAGUCAUUUAUUACAUCAA